AAAGACCUUUUCAGUUUCAAGGACUUUUCAAGGUCUAAGCAGUGUAUGUGGGUUCACAUGGUCCUACUGGAUUUUCCACGGAUAUUUGUUAAAUAUGGAAUGCGAGAAAUUGCUGGAAGGAACUGUUAUUUCUGAGCAGCUUAUUCAAACAUCAAAAUUGCUGCAAUCUUUUCGUGACAAGUCACUUUUUACAGAUGUCAUCUUGUGCGCCGGUGAAGAAGAACUUCCGUGUCACAAAGCAGUACUAGCUGCUAGUUCAGCAUACUUCUUGGCAAUGUUUUCAUCUCCUUAUAAGGAGCAACAAACAUCCCGAGUUACCCUAGAUUAUAUAUCACCUUGGGCACUUCGCCGACUCCUUGACUUUGUUUACCUUGGAAUUUUAGAAAUAACUGAAGCUACAGUACAGGAUGUAUUUCUAGCUGCUAGCUUACUUGAUUACCCGGUAGCUGUUAAAGCUUGUGUCGAGUUCAUGAAAAGUCAUUUGGAUAUAACAAAUUGUUUAGGCAUUGAAGCGCUAGCUGAAAUGCAUAAUCUUACAGACUUAGCUCAAUCAUCGCAUAAGUUAGCUGUGGAGAACUUCUCAAGCUUACUACUGGAGUCGAGUGAAUGGGUCACCCUACCUAUUUCAACUGUGAUUUCAUAUAUUUCUUCAGAUGAAUUAGAUGUACCUUCUGAACAAUUUGUUUGGGAUGCUUGUAUUAGUUGGGUUGAUCAAGCAUCUGAGACGCGGAUUGCUUACUUACCUCAACUGCUGUCACACAUUCGUUUGAAGUAUUUGGAAAAAGAAAUGCUGGAGGUUCAAUUACAAAAAAACCCUUUGAUUUUGGAAUGCAAGAAUGCUCAGAAGAUUAUCAAAUAUUUUCUUCAUGGAGAUGUCUGUAAAAAUGAUGAUAAUACUGGUGCAUUUAUCAACAAUUUACCUCCUCGUCCUGCAACACUUAAGCGUCCUACACUGGUUGUUUUAGGUGGUUUAAAUACAUGCAUUUUAAAUUGUAUGCAGUCAUUCUCUCCGUCCAGAACAGCUUGGCAAACUUGUCCCCCUAUGCCAGUAGAUAGUCUCGCAUGGUUUUCUGUUUCUGUCAUUGCAAACACUCUGUUUGUAAUUGGUGGAAUUAAGGCAGGCACAAUCAUGGAUACUGUUUAUACAUACUCACCGGUUCGAUCCACUUGGAGUCAACGAAAGUGUAUGUUACAGGCUAGAGCUAGGCAUUCUUCUGUCGCUGUUGGUAGUCGGUAUAUUUUUGUAUUUGGUGGUGUUACAAUGUCUAGAAAUUCUGAUCACCAACAACUUUCAGCAGAUGGUGUUAUUAUCAAUCACUUUCAAGAAACAGAUUCCUCUGCAAACAGACUGAAUCACAAUUCUUCUUCACAACUCUCAUCAUACAAUCCAAAUCUCCCGGUAACUGAAUUGGACAUUCCCACUUUAAAGUUUGAAAAGUCUAUUAUCCGAUAUGACAUAUGCAGUGAUACUUGGAUCACUGUUGGUGAAACAGAGAAUCCGAGAUUAGAAUCUCAUGUUGUAUUAGUCAAUGAAUCAAAUGAUAAUUCUGGUUCCUCUCUACAAUCAUCUGACUUCGUGUAUGAAAUGGAUACUGAUCAGCAUAAUUCUUCCCAUUCAGAUAUAUCAGAAACACCGAUUUCAGAAAAUAACACCAACAAUACUAAUCAGAUUAAUAAAACACACAGAAGAAAUAACUCCACAAAUGUCAAUAUGGAACGUGUUUUCGUUGAAAUUGGUGGAAUUACUGAGUUACAGCCACAUGGAACUGAUCAAGUUGCUUUCUAUCGUUUACGUCCAGACUAUACUGUUUUCUGUACCGCUGAUUACAUUAAACUACCACAACAAGUUCGUUAUGUCAACUGUAGUGUACAUCAUGUGAGUUUUCUGACAGCCCACUAUAAAGUUUAGUCUUGUUUAAAUGUCUAGUUUCCAACCAGUGGGUUACAAUUUCGAUUUAGGUAGUUGAGGCAUUGUUUCACACUAUCAUAGUAGAUAUUAUUCGAAACUGAGCAAUGUGAACAUUCAGUUGGCCAGUGAACUGCAAGAAUUUAAUUUAUUCCUGAACCAUACACUUUAGCUCGUCAAAAUUUUUUCACGAAUCACCUUCUGGGUUAUUUUAUGGAUUAAAUUUUAAUAUAACAUUUUCAUAUAUUUCGUAUUUUUGGAAUAUAUCCGCGCACAUUUAAGUUCACUUGUCGGUCUAUUGAUUUAUUAGUUUAUUCUCCAACCUAGUCUUACUGUUGGCAAACGUUUCAGUGGCAUCCUGGAUGUCAACAUCAUUGCCUUACGAGGAAAUGGAGUAAAUCAACAAUAUCUAAGUAUUUUUAACAUGCUACAUUUUCCUCAUUUCCAUCUGGUCCGUUAUUCAGCGAGUAUUUGCACUUAUGUAGAAUGCAACUGUUUCAGUAAACAUCUACCCUGAGACUUUUGUUUUCUUAUUAACUGAUUAUAUCGCCCUCAUGAAGUUUGCUGACCAGUGAAUAGCUACAUUUUACAUUUACAUGCAUAAAUGCGGUCAAGUAAUUAUCAAGUGAGAAAAUGGAAUCACUUUUGUGUUACUUUAGAUAAUUUCUGAAGGAGUUUCUCGAACACGUCAGCUACACUUAAUUGUCGAAUGCUGUGUAGCAUUGAAUCAGAGCACAGCUUGCAUUACAAAUGAUAUGCAAGACAGUGUAGUAACUGACAAAAUAGUGCUCUAGUUUAAGUUAAACUACUGCCCAACAUAAUAAAGAGAGGAAGUCAGUAAAACAAGGUGGCUCAAAGGAAGGUAAGUCAGAUAGACUGAAAAAGCAAAAGAGUUGACUUUUCAAAAUUUAGGAAAAGAUGAAGAUAUCUUGCAUUUCAAUGAUUUUGAGUUGCUCCAUUUCUAAGAUUUUUUCUUUUUUCAUCGUUUUCCUUGUAUUCUUAAUCCUCAUCUACCCGUUCACUCGAUCUCAUCUUUUUGAAUGAUAAUUACAUCCUAAUUUUCAAUCAGUACUAAUUAAAUUUCUUCUUAAUUUCUUGAAACAUACAAUGACAUUGCUUUUAUCUUUAGGAUACUAACCUACUUUAUAUAUUUUGGGAGUCAACAAGUGAACUAUCAGUCCUAGAUCUUCGUCGUCAUACACUUCGCCCGUUGGCGCGCUUACUGUCUUCUUCAACUUCGUCUUCAAAUGAAGCACGAGUUCAUGCUGGACUAACAUGGAUUGG